AUGAAGCUGGAAAAGUUGAUGCAAUACAUGGAAACAAGAUUCGGGAUAAGGGCCAGCCAAAAUGCCUAUAAAUACCAAUUUAAGAAAUGGGGCUUUCGCAAGAACAAGACCAGGGAUGUGUGGAUAUGGGCUGAUCAUCAAAAGGAGACGCGCAAAGCCAGUGCAGGUCAGAAGGAGAUCGAGAUUCACUUUAAUGGUACGGUGAUCAGUGACACACGAGUUCGGAAAGAAAUCGCCCGCAAUGUCACCACCAUGGACCGAAUUCGAGCGCGCGCUGCCAGUCCUGCUACACCACAGGGUUAUAGCGCUUCCACGCCGAAUGGGUCAAUCUCAAACCAGCCCCAUGUUCCCGACGCAGUUACCACAGCCGAGUCAGAUCUCAAUGCCGUACAAAACAACGACAGUGACCGUAAAAUAUUGGCAGAGAUAAUGCGAGACAGUAUCUCAGAAGACAGUGAAAUCCGGGCAAAUCUCUGCAAGCACUAUGAUCGCGCUUUCUUGGGCGGCAUUGCUGAUACUAUGGUCGACGGUAAAAGUAUUUAUGAAAACAUCGUCAAAGACAUCGCCAAUGAGAUAUCCAGAGGAACGGGGAAUGAGGCAUACAAUACAUACAUUGGUGAUGGUGUCCUCUCUGCCACUGUGAGUAUUUUGAAGGCAGCAUACAACGACGAUCUUGCAAGUCUCCGUACUGCACUGGAUUGGGGCAAACAAACAGCUCCCAAUGCCUUUGACGAAAUAGUAUUCAUAGCUCGGUUUGUGGCAGCGAGGUUUGGUCGCAUGAAUAUAGCAAAAAUACUCUUCACCAUCCGGGAUCAUUGUGUUCAGCGCGAUAACGAAGAAAAUACCUGCCUUCAUUUAGCCGCACUUUUCAACCAUCCCGAGAUGGUCAAAUUUCUGAUAACCCGGCAAUCAGACAUCGAGAGUAGAAACAAAGACGGCCACACCCCAUGGACACAGAUUGGAAGCUCUGAGGAGCACGAGAGAGUCUCCCAACUUCUGAUCGAGGCCGGCACAGAUGUCAAUUCGGGGAGUAAACCCAUGUCUCCGCGUUCAGGGAUCGACUGCUCUGGUAAGGUCGAGCUCUGUGAUACCAACGAUUACUUUCCCAAAGUAAACUGA